AUGCGGCAAGCUUGCUUGAUUUGCAACCCCUGCUAAAUGGUCACGUGAUACAAGCUUUUUUUCAUUGCGAUCAUAACAUCAGCUUGCAGGCAUUGCAAGGUCCCUACCGCGGCGAUCACCAAAAGAUCACCAAUACAUGCCAGUGAGAUGAACCGAGUGGACUCCGAAAAUCCUGAUCGCCACGGCAGAGAUGAACCUCUUACUGGUCAUGCAUUGAGAGAUAUUAAGGAUGCAGCUGACCUCUAUCAGUCUGGCUCAUUCAAGCUUCAGAUUGAUGCACUUCUUCCUAAUGUCCGACCUAAAGAGUCUGGCCAACAACAGCUCGAUCACUUUCUUUUUGCUCUGCGAACCCACUGCAUUUCUAUCCCUUCUAUUGCACCUCAGAAUCCUAUGGUGGCUGCAAAAGCUCUUGCUAAACAAGGCAUCGCAGUUCCGUUUGCGUCUCCCCUACCGCCUCGAGAUGCCAAAUGGAAAGUUGCGUUUGAGCCUCCAAGCGAAAUCUGUGUUAUUGGAAGUUGGGCAAACGGAAUCGCUGUCAAAAAGCAGAAUGGUAACCGGUUUAGCGUCGACCUGUGCGUAGAGAUGCCUGAGGCUCUCUUUCAAGAAAAAGAUUACCUCGAUGGGCGCUUCUUUCACAAGAAGUCAUACUACCUCGCGGUUUUAGCUCAAUCCAUUUCAACCUCUUUCGAUGUGGACACCUUUUACUCCUCUGUGCUCGGAGAUCCUCGCCUAACAACGUUAGUUCUUAGGCCACGGAAUGGGAGUGUAUCUCAUGAUUUUUACAAAACUCAUGCGGAAGUUCACGUUAUCCCUGUUCUUCCACAGUCGAGUCCAUUAUCGCUGACAAGGCUCUCACCCUCACAUCCGAAUGUCCGCAUACCUUCGUCCUCGUCCUCGUCAUCUUUCCCUACCCCAAUCUACAACAACGCAAUCCUUCUUUCCACACAUGCAAAAGAUGCCCUUAUGUCCACUUAUCGACUCAAAAAUGCACUGCCAGCCUUCCACGACGCCUAUACCCUUUUAAGAGUAUGGGCUAACCAGCGAGGUUAUGGCGAUGGCGAAUUAUGCGUGAGAGGGUUCGAGGGAAAAGGCCCAUUUUGGGCCGGACUAUUGCAGUAUUUGAUUUCGGGCGAGGAAGUUGUUGGCACGAAGAGUGGGAGCGCAAAAUUGAGGAGGCCGCUGGGAAAGGGAUUAAGUUCUUACCAAUUGUUCAAAGCUGCUCUCGAUUUUCUUGCCAAACAGAAGUUCGGCGAGACUCCGACAUUCGUAAAGACAGCUAAUGGACACAGGUACACUCCUGAGGAGUACAUUACCCACCACCCAGCUGUAUUCGUGGAUGAAACAUCCACUAUCAACUUUUUGUCUGGCGUUCCUCUCACCUCACUUGACUUGCUAAGUCACGAUGCUAAGGAGACGCUGGAGCAUUUAAGCAACCCUGGCACAUCUUCUGACCCAUUCGCCGAAUGUUUCUUGAACGGUCGGUUCCAACUCUCCUCUCGCUUUGAUGCGGUGAUUAGAGUGGACUUAUCACAAGCUUCUCGGAACCAGUCUGCUUCGGCUCUCGUAGAACAUGGGUCUUCUGAUGCAGCCCUUCUGGCUUCUAUUUCAUCCAUCCUAAGACAAGGUCUUGGCAAUCGGACCCAAGCGAUAGCCAUCCUCCAGCCUGUCACCCCUUGCCAUCCCAUAUCUUCCGCUGAAAGCCCCAGCACAUCCACGAUCCACAUCGGGCUUAUUUAUGAUCCUGCCCAUGCUUUCCGUCUUGUUGACCAUGGACCUUCUGCAGAAGAUCAAGACUCAAACGUCGCCCAGGAGUUCCGGCAUCUGUGGGGCCGCCGGGCUGAGCUUCGUCGAUUCAAGGAUGGUCGCAUCACAGAGAGUGUUGUUUGGGAAGUCGCCACAUCCGAUGAGCGUGCCCAUAUACCGGUUUCCAUCGUCCGACAUUUGCUGCAACUUCAUUUUGGAAUUUCUGCCGAAUAUGCGAGAACGUUUCAAACGCCAUUCGAUAGCAUGCUCCGAUUGCCAGAUGAUGUUCGUCGUUUGCAUCGGGCUACUGGUGGAUUUAAGGCCGCAUUAACUGCAUUCGAUGGUGUCGUCAGGAGCCUGAAAGCACUGGACGAGCAGCUGCCGCUGGCACUGCUGAAUGUCAGUCCCAUAUCUGACUAUCUACGGUAUACCUCAACAUUUGCUCCAUUACCGAUUCCUGCUUCGGCUUUAACGGAAUUACCUGAAUCCCUGCGUUUUCUUCCAACCAUCCCUAUCAUCCUCGAAUUCGAGAAGUCAUCCAAGUGGCCGGAUGACUUAAAAGCGAUUCAGAAAAUCAAGCUUGCUUUCUUCGAAAUCAUCGCCCAGACACUUAUGGCUUCAAAUCCCCAACUCAAGGCGUCAGUUGCCAUCGCCAAUAGCUCAAAUCCAUUCCAAGGAUGCGCGACACUGGAGAUAUUCACUGCUGAUGGCUGGUCAUUCUCUGCAUUCAUUUGGCACGAUCGAGAGGCGACUUUACUUGACCGAAUUAUCGACCCUAGCAAGAUGUUCGUCAGUCCCAGCGAUCAAAAAUACAACGCGCGGGAACAACGCGAAGCCAAAGCCGCUCAGGAACUCUACACCCGUAGAUUCAUCCAUGCCCCACGGCACCAUCGUGCCAUCGCGAAUCUUUGCCACAAGUACAACGCAUAUUCCGGCACCGUCCGCCUCGUCAAACGCUGGCUUGCUGCACAUUGGCUAUUGCAAACCCACGUUUCAGAUGAGGCUAUCGAGAUCGUUUGCGCACGGCCAUUCGUUGGUGGAAAACAAGGAUCGACAGAGAGCGCCGCUACCGUGCCUCAUAGCAAAGAACGUGGUUUCUCCCUCGUCUUAGAAUUCUUGAAGGAUUGGAAGUGGGAAGAGCCACUUUGUCUUCCGCUGUAUGAGGAUGAUGCCACAGUAGCAGCACCCGAUGUAUGGACAUCAAAUGGCCCAGAUACAAUUGCUGCCCACCGUCUUCGCGCAUUUACUAGGGAGGCCAUCAGAGUACUCCGCAAUGCCGAGACGGACUUGGAUAUCAAGAGUCUAUUCUUACAUUCAACCGACGACUAUGAUAUUGUCAUUCAACUGAACCCUGCUAUUCUACCGAGAUACUACCAAAACGUCAACGCAGAAUCAAGUGUUUGGACUAGGGACUCUCAUUUAGGCGUAACUGAGUCGACGCCUCGCCCGGGAUUUGAUCCCCUUCUCCUGUUUCUCGCCGAUCUGCAGAACACGUUCGCAGAUACACUAAAAUUCUUUGCUGACCCCCUGGGAGGUGAUUGCAUUGGAGCAAUUUGGCUUCCGGGUCUGGGAGCACCCCGUUCCUUCCGUGCACUAGCAGGUUUUUCGAGCAAGCCGCUGCCCAAGGAGGAUAAAGCGAAGGUCAAGGAGCUUGUCAUGUUAAAUCGACAGGCCGUUCUGGACGAUAUCGGAAGAUUAGGAACGGGUUUAGUCCAAAAAAUUAUCGUACAUGAACGCAUGUAGAGAUCAUUACGCAUCUAAAACCAAUCUAGAAAGCGACAAUCCUAGAAUAUGACCGGCAUUGCAAGAACGAAAAUAGGGAG